UCUUACGUCGUGUGCUAGUCGACUGGGGUUCGGGCUCCGCCGUCAUGGAGCAACCCGCCCCAGCGCCCGUGGCCGUCGCAAACUACCAGCACGCGCAGGAGGGCAUCUUCAGCGGGCCGCCCGUCCACCUUGCCCGCGGCCGCCAGGCGCGCGACCCCCAGGCGAAGACGGUCUCGUACACCGUCGCCAGUCUCGACGCCUUUGAGACGUCGCUGCGCGAGUACCUCGCCAACCCGCCCGAGCACCCCGACCACACCGACUGCCAGCUCUCCUUCUGGAUCGGCACCAGCUUCCUCGUCGCCGCGCCCCCGGAUGCCGCGCAGCCGCCGUCGCAGUCGCAGUCGCAGUCGCAGUCGCAGUCGCAGUCGCAGUUGCAGUCCCACGCACAGUCGCAGGCGCAGGCGCAGACGCAGCCCCGCUUCGCGCCGCACGACGCCUCCCAGGCCUACAGCAGCACCCGCGCUGGCAGCAGCAGCGGCGCAAAUGGCAUCCUCGCACCCCAGUACGGGGCCGCCUGCCCAGGCGUGCCAGACCCGGCCACGGGCCUCGCACUCGACUUCCAGCAGCCGCAAGCCAGCCCGUCGAGUGCCGUCGGCGCGCCGCCCAGCUCCAGCAGCAGCAGCGCCGGCAAGAAGACCGAACACAAGAUCUCCAUGAGCAUCCUCGAGGCCCUGCAGCCGAUGCCCGACACCAGGGACAAGAUGAAGAAGCAGCGCGCCAUCGCAAAGUGCUGCGUCGACGCCAUCCAGCGGUGCGACGGCUACCGCUACAGCUUCCACAACUGCUGGGAGAGCCGCGAGGACGACAGCUACCGCUUCUCCUACUACUGCAACGACUCGCUGCUCAACAAGGACCGCGCCGCCAACGGCAAGGGCGCGAAGCUCGGCAAGCGCGCCACCAAGCCCGUCUACGACUGCAAAGGCGUGCUGUCCAUCAAGUUCUCCGCCACCAAGCAGGCCCUGGAUGUCUUCUACAAGCACAUCCCCAUCCACAAGACGUACGAAGAGCGCGCCCCUCCGCCGCGGAAGGACUCGCGGAGGCGCAAGUUCCUCGAGGAGAACGACCCGGACACGCUCAAGAAGUUGACGAGCCGACCGAAGCCGCCCAGGCCAGAUCUGCCCCUGGAAAGCGCGCAGAAGGCGAAGAAGAAGAGGAGGACAGACGACCAGAAGUCGUCUACCUCGCUUGAGAGCGACCUGCGUGCUCAGAGCCUCCGCUCGCUGCUCGAGCUCAUUCGCCCUGACCCUGCUCCCGAGCACUCACCUCCAGAACCCCCUCCGCCCCCUCCACCUACCGUCCAACAGCAACGUCCUGUGCCGCCUCCGCCGCCCUUGCAAUCCGCCCAGCAGCAGACCCAAGUGCAGCAGCAAGCACAGCCCGCCACGCGGAAGAGACCAAGGAACAGCUGCGAUGUCUGCAAGGUCAAGAAGACCAAGUGCGACGGUACGCGCCCAGUCUGCCAGACCUGCAUCGACAAGAAUCGGCAGUGCUUCUACACCGUCGACCAAACCCCCGACGAGCGCCGCCCCUCCGCCAUCCCCGAUGCAGUGGAUCCCAUACUCACACACCACGCACAGACCGCGCCCACCGAGCUCUCCGAGCUCGAGCGCAUGCGGAAAGAACUCGAAGACGCAAAGGCCCGCAUCCACGAGCUCGAGGAGGAGAAACGGAGGGCAAGCACGACGCCAGCGCAUACACCGCAAAUGGCGCAGCAGCCCCGCCCUCAACUCCAACAUCAGUCUCAGUCUCAGUCGGCUGAAACACUGCCCCAGAACCAGACACAUCCACAUCCGCACCCGCACCCGCAUCCCCAGGCCCAGCGCGACCAAAAGCAGCAACAACAGCAGCGUCAUCACUCACGCUCCCACUCGACCUCCCUACACCCCCAAUCCCACCCCUCCCAACCCCAACAGUCUCAAACGCAGCAGCCCCAGCAGUAUAUCCCUACCCCACCCCCAGUCCCGCACACACACAGCAUCCCCAGCCCGCAACAAGCAAUGCAGCAGCUCCAGACGGCGGCCCAGCAACUGCAAACGCCGCACAACACGCACACGGUCAACGCUGGGCACGCCGGGCACGGCCAUCCAUCCUCGCACGGCGCAGGCGCGUAUUUUGCGAAUCCGUACGGCAUGCCGAGCGGGCAGGGCGUGGUGCGCAACGCCGGGCAGGCGCAGAGCGUCCAGCCGGGCGUGCAGGUCCAGGGUGUGGGCACUCCGAUGGGCGUCGGCGGCAUGGCGCCAGCGGAGCAGCCCUAUGCGCGCGGCUUCGCCAACGGCGAGUGGGCCGCGGCGGGGUACUAUGGGUACCAGAGCGGGACGGCGCCGGGGCCGCAGGGGCAGGAGGACUGGGGAGGCGUGCGGGCGCAGGGCGUGUUCAGGCAGGUUUAGCGCUGAGGGAAUUGGGGGAGAGAGUGCUGUGCUGUGCUAUGUGUACUGUGGUGAUACCCCGCGUUGUACUUUU